AGGCUAUGACUCUACUAGGCUAAUUGGGCAGCCAGCGUUAACAACUUAACACAACCAAAUUCGGCAUUGUAGCUAAAGCACAGUGCAAAUUUCAGUGUUGAAGCACCAAAAUCAUCAGUAAUGUCUCUGAAACGAUUUUUCCAACCAAUACAAAAAGAUGGCUCUUCCAAGAAAACCAAACCAGACAAUGAGGAAGACGACACACAAACUGAGGACGCCCAUAGAAGAGAGCCCUUAAAAUUCUUGACAUGGAACGCUAAUAGUUUACUUCUUCGUGCCAAAAACAACUGGCCUGAAUUCUCAAACCUCGUUUCUACUCUUGAUCCUGAUAUCAUUGCUAUACAGGAAGUAAGGAUGCCUUCGGCUGGUUCCAAGGGUGCACCUAAAAACCAAGGAGAGCUGAAAGAUGAUACAAAUGCUUCACGUGAAGAAAAGAAGGUGUUGAUGCGUGCCCUUGCAAGUCCUCCAUUUGGAAACUAUCGUGUAUGGUGGUCUCUUUCAGAUUCCAAGUAUGCUGGGACUGCAUUGUUAGUGAAGAAAUGUUUCAAGCCGAAGAAGAUCUCCUUCUCUCUGGAUCCUGCAGUGAAAAAGCAUGAACCUGAUGGUCGCUUAAUACUGGCUGAAUUUGAAUCCUUGCGCUUUAUGAAUACGUAUGUGCCUAAUAAUGGCUGGAAGGAGGAGGAAUCCUCAUUUAUAAGGAGAAGAAAAUGGGAUAAGAAGAUGCUUGAGCUUGUAUUGCAGUUAUCUGAUAAGCCACUUAUCUGGUCUGGUGAUUUAAAUGUGAGCCAUGAAGACAUUGAUGUAAGUCAUCCAGAAUUCUUUGCUGCAGCAAAAAUGAAUGGUUAUAUUCCUCCGAACAAAGAGGAUUGUGGGCAACCUGGGUUCACUAUAUCUGAAAGGAAACGUUUUGGUACCAUAUUGAGAGAGGGAAAAUUAAUUGAUGCAUACAGAUUUCUACACAAGGAGGAGGACAUCGAGUGUGGCUUCUCAUGGUCCGGAAAUCCGGUUGGAAAGUAUCGAGGUAAAAGGAUGAGGAUAGAUUAUUUUUUAGUGUCGGAAAAGCUUAGGGACCAAAUAGUCUCCUGCAAGAUGCACGGACAUGGCAUAGAAUUGGAAGGUUUCUGUGGAAGCGACCAUUGCCCGGUUUCUCUCGAGCUUGCACCAAGUUUGCCUGAUCAAACACUUAAUGAGGCUUCUAAUUGACAUUUCAAGUAUAUAUCCUUUAUUUGAUGCAGACUCCGUAGUUGAGAGAUGUCAAGAAUUCGUUUACAAUCACUUGAAUUGAAUCCGAUUCUACUUCAAAACUACAAAAGAUCGAUAGACCUCCUUGCAGAAGGCUGGAUCAGACAGCGAUGUGAAAAACAAGGGUUUUCAGAAGUGUUAGAUCUACUCAACGAUCGUGGUUUUAUCAUAUUAGAAUUGUAUUUAUUUCAUUUGAUAUGUAUUUGUUUAGUUUUGACUUUUAUUGUAGAUGUCGUAUGACUUUGAAUCAAUGAAUUAAUGUUACUUUCAAAAUUUUAAGGAGUA